AUGUACACUCUCAACGCUCUCGCCGCUCUCGCUCUCGCCCUCUCGGCCUCUGCUAUCGUUGUUCCCCGUGAUACUCCUCCCAAGGGCUGGGCCACAGAUAUGCUCGAGCCAUACGACGCAUACCACACUCGCUAUCUCGCCCUCUCAUGCAACACCAAGCAUGAUACACAAUUCUUCGAUCAAUGCUGCCAUCCCCUCCUUGCUACUGAGAGCCUAGAGACUGCGCGUCCAGCCCAGUGCAACCCGGCUGACGACAAUGUCGAUGAUAGCGACCCUCCCUUCUGUGACGAUGAUGACGAUGACGACGCCUCAUCCACCUCAUCCGCCACCGCCAUCCCCACCUCAUCAGCGGCGCCCAUCCCCUCGCCCGCAACGGCUCAUUCAGCCCCUGUCACGACACACAGCACAUCUCAAGCGAAGGCUUCUCCAAAGCCCCAAGCUGCUAUACAAGCUCAACCUGCGGCGGCACCGGCGCCUGCUCCCGCUUCUGCUGCUGCCAAUACAGGUGGAUUUGCAACUUACUUCUACCAGGAGGGCAACGCGGGAGCUUGCGGCACUGUCCAUAAAGACACUGACAUGAUUGCUGCCAUUGAUGGUGACCGCUAUGGCGACCUUGGCAAGCGUUCUUCCCUCUGUGGGAAGAGAGUCAAGAUUACGAACACAAAGAACCAAAAGACCGUCACCGUCACCAUUGCUGAUGCGUGCCCAACUUGCAGGAACAGCAAUUCAAUUGAUCUGUCAGAAGGUGCCUUCAAGGUCAUCGCCACUCUGGACGAAGGCAUUGUGCCCAUCAGCUGGGUGUUCGUCUAA